UUCCUUCCACAUGCUGAACCAGUCCUACGAUGAGAUCGCGCAUCUUCAAGUCGCAGGCUUCGGUGACAACAUGGGUGAUUUGCACGAGUUUUACAUUACCGAGGACGACACUGCGUUGGUAGCUAUCUACCAUCCGAUCCCGUGGGAUUUGACCUCCAUGGGCGGCAUUGAGGAUGGAUGGUUGAUGGACAGCUCGUUUCAGGAGCUCGACAUUGAAACAGGUGAUUUGAUCUUCGAAUGGAACGCAACCGAUCACGUUGGUGUCAAUGAAACAUAUGUUUCACUUGCGCCUGAUGAUGACUUUGGACGCUCCGCAGAAUUGGCCUGGGAUUGGUUCCACAUCAACUCUGUUAUGAAAGAUGAAAAUGGCGAUUACAUCAUCUCCGGGCGCACCAUGAGCUGCGUCUACAAGAUCUCGGGUGAAGACGGUCACAUCAUCUGGCGCCUGCACGGCAAGAGAUCUGAUUUCGAGUUCGAGUCGUCAGAUGCCGAGUUCCACUUCCAGCACGAUGCCCGGUGGUUGAACGAAAAGCAGACGCGCAUGACUGUAUGGGACAACGGUGACCCUCAAGCCGAUGUAUCCGUGUCUCGCGGCCUUCUCCUAGAUAUCGACCAGGACGCCAGAACCGCAAGCCUCGUUCAAGAUUUCACCAACGAGAACCGAACCUUUGGCGAAUUCAUGGGAAGUGUGCAGGCAAUCGACGCCUCCAACGAAACGACAAACUUCAUGCUCGGAUUCGGCAGCGAGCCAUAUUUCGCAGAAGUCGACCGUGACGACAACGUCCUUCUGAGCGUCCAGCUGGCCCAGAGCGACGUAACCAGCUACCGCAUUUACAAGCAGCAGUGGCAGGGCAAACCUUCCACCGAUCCAGACAUGUUCUGGAACGGUUCGCACGUCUAUCUGUCAUGGAACGGCGCUACGGACGUGGAGACAUGGGAGGUUUACACUGGUGCGAACGAGACCAGUGAUAUGAAUUCGUGGACGAGGAUCGCGUCUGCAAGGCGCACUGGCUUCGAGACGACCAUCGACAUCGCUGAUGUGGAUAACAUGGAUACCUAUGUGCGCGGAAAAGCGCUGAACAGCGAUGGCGACGAACUGGGACGGACGAAGGUUAGUGGUGAUGGCGAGCCGAAUCAGAGAAGCAGUACCGACGAUGACGGGGAAGAGUCUGGGGGGGAUGAGAGUGGAGCGGCUAGUAUGGCUGAUGGAAGGACUGCCGGCAUGUACUUUUCCGUUCUUCUGGUAGUGGGGAGUGUCUUGAUAUGA